AUGGUGACGCUUAUCUGUGCUGUCGUCGGUGCCGCGGGCAGCGCAUUCCCUGUGGACAUUGACGAGAACAAGUUGGUGGGCCACUUGAAGGACGCGACCAAGGCGAAGAACCCGGCGACUAUCACGUGCGACGCCAAGGACCUGCAGCUCUUCCUGGCGAAGACGGAGGGCGGCGCGUGGCUCUCAUCGAAGGACCCUGAUGUGAUUUCUAUGCGAAGUGGAGGCAUUCCUGAACAAGUGAAGACACUGCUGAACGUGGAAAUGGACCCAGCAGAUGAGAUUGGCGACGUGUUUGAAGGUGCUCCAACGAAGAAGACGAUUCACGUGCUGGUGGUGGUUCCGGAGCAAGAACACGCACAAACUGGAUUGUGGCUUGUCACUGGAUCCGUUGACAACGCGCUGAACACGAAAGGGAUUCGCUGCAAACUGUACUGGAUGGCGACGUUACGCAUUGGAUACUACGAUCCUACGCGCUGCAUCGGCAACAAGAAUCGCGUCUUCUACUGCGACUACGUUCCAGACGAUUCGGAAUCUCCUCAAAACACAGUUUCAUCGAUAUCGUUGACUACAAGCGUUUCGAAUCUGGACUCAUCGACUGACGAGUUUCGUUUUCAGCGGAUUGAGGACGCGAAGUUCUUCCUACCGUACGGCAAGGCAGAAAGCUGCCGUUUGGUGUCGAGAAAGCAAAGCAGAGACCACAAACGGGAAUUCGCCAAGUACGAUCGCGACUCAAACAACAGGCUUGCGCUUUCUCGCGAAAUGCAUGGUUGGUUCGACGGUAUGAGCAUUGAGGUUCCCAUCGUCAACAUGCUACCCGGAUCUGUUGAAGAGAAUCAAUCCAUUGGCAACAGACGCAAGGUCGAGGUCUUCGUGAAGGUUCUGGAUGCUCAGUGCACAGAUCGCGUUUUCAGUCGUUUGAAAGGAGGAUCAACCAGGACGGACGAUCCGCUCAUGAUGAAGACGUUUGUUCACGAAGACAGUAAGUACCGCUUCUACCAAGGCAAACACAUGGAGUCGCACCUAUAUGAGGGAAUCCAGCCUGCUGACUUCUACGACAAGCUUGAGAACGUGCUUGCAUCCCAGAAGUCUGCCUUCAAGGUCAACAUCGCUCUUGGAUACAAGCUUGUCAGCAGAACCGAUGACAGCGAGACUCGCUACUUCCACCCGAAUAUUAGCAACACAUCUGUAUUUAGCACUCCUGUGGCUAUCAACAGCAAGGCUGAUAUUCGUAAGAAGGUGAUCUCGGAGAUUCGCUCCAUGGAGUUGGCUGACAAGCUCAACUACCCCAGAUCCGGGUACAUGGUGAAGGAUAUUACUGGCUUCAAAAUCUAUAUCUACCAGCGCGACCAUGCGCUGGGCGAUAGUGAGGCUGUCAUUCCUAAGGUGAUCCGCGAUAACAAGCACGUCAUCAACUUCCCCAAGACGAAUAACAAGUGUGUCUUCCACUGCAUUGCUUAUCACAAGCAGGAGGGGGCGAAGAAGGAUCCACGCAGAAUCCAGGCUCUGGUGAAACAAGCCUUCAAGCAGUACUGUUCGUACAAGGAGAUCACCUACACUCUGGGUCUGUUCCGCAAUUUCAAGCCUAUCGAUAUUCUCCAAUUCGAUGAGCUUGAGGAGUGCUUCAAGCUGAACAUCAACGACUAUGAUUCGAUCAACAUCCUGUCGCACGAGAAUCACGCUCUCUACAUCACGAACAUUGAUAUGCUCCAGCAGAAGUACCAAUGCUCUAAGUGUGAGAUGGUGUUUGUCAGCUCUGACAAGCUACGCAACCACACCAAGAACCAGUGUGAACUCGUGAACAUCGAAUCGUUCCCAGCUCAGCCAACCAUCUACCAACCCGCUCCGAAUAGCAUUCGUUCCAUACUGACUAAGUACUCCAUCGAGGAUGCUGACCAUUACAUCGAUCACUUCAUUGUAUAUGAUUUUGAGGCUAUCCUCAAGCCUACGGGUGUCAAACACGGAGAGAAUACUAUCUUCACAAACGAACACAUCGCUGUGUCUGUUUCCGUAGCCAACAGCUUGACUGAGGAGGUGCGAUGCUUUGUCAGCGAUGAUCCAAAGGAGUUGCUCAAGGAUAUGUUCCAGUACAUCGAGGAAGUUGCGGCUAAGAUUCAGCGGUACAACGUCUCGAAGUAUGAGACUUUGCUACACAAGAUCAUCAACGUCCAUGGUUUGACUGACGCUGAGGUUCCUGGCCUAGACUUGGGUAAGACGUACAAGAUGGAAGAUGUCAAUGCUUGGAUUCAGAACGGAGAUUUUGCUAGUUUCUUCGAUCUCCACAGCAAGCUCACAUUCGGUAAGAAGCGCUCUGACUAUGGAAACCUGAAGCAGUGCAUUGAUCAGGUACCAGUACUCGGAUUCAACUCUGGACGAUACGACAUCAAUCUUAUCAAGGCGGACCUGUUUGCAGUCAUCGGUACUGACAACAUCACAUCAGUCAUCAAGAACCCUAGCUACAUGUGCAUCGCCACGUCAGACAUGAAGAUGCUUGACAUUAGCAACUAUGUUCCGGCAGGCACCAGCUAUGCGAAGUACUUGUCGACAUAUCUCGGUGAGUGCAAGUGUGAUGACAAGAUUCGAUGCGUCUGUGGCCUAGGAAAAGGUAUCUUCCCGUACGAGUACAUUACGUCAUUUGACGUACUCAGUCAGUCGGAAGUCCCUCCUAAGUCAGCAUUCGACAGCACUCUCCGUAGCACUAGCAUCAGUGAUGAGGACUUUGCGCGGGUACAGUUCGUAUGGGGGCACUAUGGCAUGAAGUCAAUCAAGGAUCUACUAAUUUGGUACAACAACCUCGAUGUAGUCCCCUUCAUCAAGGCCAUCAAAGCCCAGCGAGAACUAUUCAAACGUUUCGGACUUGAUAUGUUCGCUGAUGGUGUGUCGCUACCUGGUCUCUCUGAGAAAGUCAUGUAUCAGACGUGCUUCUCCAAACUUGUUAAGCAACCUAGAGUCCCAGCUAAGGCAUUCGACUUCCCUGAGCAGCGCUACCUAGGCUACAUCGAGCAAGAUGAGAGGCUGACCGCGAGUUCGCAACUCACAGCUGAUACUGCCCCGGCUGACCGAAUCAACAACAAGCUCGGACACAUUGAUGGCAAUAUCUUGAUCAGCUGUGUGGGAUGCAGCGUUGCUCGCAAGAACAUGUCGCUCAAGGGCUUCCGCCACAAGAAGCUACUUGAAUUCAACUCAGACAGGUUGGUGUACAGUAUCGAUAGAGAGGAGAAGGACAUCUACACCAAGAUGAAGGCGAACAUUGCUGGUGGCCCUUCUAUCAUUUUCAACAGAUACGCGAAACGCAACGAGACCAAGAUUCGAGGGGGUAAGAUCUGCAAAAAAAUCAUCGGCUACGAUGCUAAUGCUCUGUAUUUGUGGGCUCUUGGUAACGAGAUGCCAUGUGGACGGUUGACCACCAUCGAGGCAUACACAGGGAUCGUCGAUGAUAUUGUAAAUGGCAAGAUCUUUGGCUUCCUAGAGUGUGAUAUCCGUACACCAGAGCAUCUCAAACCCUAUUUCAGUGAAAUGACCCCAAUUUUCAAGAACACCCUUAUCGACUGCAGCGAUCGGAGUGUCAUCGGUCAGCACAUGUUCGAGUACAACGAGGGGUGCAAGCAAAGCCGAGCAAAGCCGGCUCGCAAACUCAUCGGGAGCUACUUUGGUGAGAAGAUCCUCAUUUAUGCACCGCUACUCAAAUGGUACAUUUCUCAUGGCAUGGAGAUCACCAAGACUUACAGCUUCAUCAGGGCUAGCUCUCACAAGGCGUUUGCUCCAUUCAUGGAAGCCGUAUCGAACGCGCGACGGGAAGGUGAUGCCGAUAAGUCUAAGGCCAUGAUUGCUGAGAUGAUGAAACUAGUAGGUAAUUCAGCGUUCGGUCGCAGUGGCAUGGACAUGAGCAAGCAUAAGGAGGUCAAGUAUGAGUCGGAUGAGAAGGCAAUUAAAUCAAAGAUUGAGCACUUCACCUUCCAUGGAAUGGAAGAGUUGAAUGAUUCAUGUGAAUUCACAAUAAAGAAGAGAAAGCUCAACAACAAGAACCCAAUUCAUCUCUCGAUUGCAAUCUAUCAGCUCGCUAAGCUCCGCAUGCUUGAGUUCUACUACGAUUGUAUUGACUUCUACUUCGACCGCUCAAAUUUUCAGUAUCAGGAGAUGGACACCGACUCUGGCUACAUCGCUUUCAGCUGUGAAAAGCCACUUGAGGAGUGCAUCAAGCCUGAGCUUCGUGAGCAUUUUCAGCAGCACAAGUAUGAGUGGUUCCCGCGCGACUAUAAUGAGACUGUAGCCAAGUUUGACCGUCGAACCCCUGGUUUAUUUAAGGAAGAGUGGUCUGGUGAUGCUAUGGUAUCAUUGUCCUCUAAGAACUACAUUUGCUACCUACCAGAUGAAUCUUACAAGGUCAAGGUUUCAGCGAAGGGAGUCCAGCAGAGUGCUGGACGCAAUGGCGACGUCCUCAACCCAGAUGGCUUUGAAUCAGUUGUUGGCGAUCGCAUCACGCUACAGGGUACCAACAAGGGGUUUAGACUCAGUAAGGAGAGUAAGUCAAUAAUUACGUACAGCCAGACUAAAACAGCUCUAAAUUUCUACUAUGACAAGCGUCGUGUACUUGCGGAUGGUAUCACCACCGAGCCGCUCGACAUAUAA